GCUGGCUUAUAAAUGUAAAUUAAUUACAGUCCCAUCCUCCCACACUAGUUUGUUCUAUCCAAGUGGGACAACCAUGAAUGAUUCUCGUUCUCCCUGUAAAAGAAGAAGAAGAAGAAGACUGUAAAUUAUAUAUUCGCGAAUCCAAAUGGUCCAACUCUGCUCUACACUCAUCUACUCUAAUAAAAGGGGGAUAUUUUUUGUAUUCUAUGACUGAGACUGACAAUUAAAUUCUCUUUUCCGUUUCUUUUAUUCCUUUCGAUCUUUUUAGGCCUCCUUUCUGAGUUGUAAAAGUGUUGUCUUUGGUUGUUCGAUCUCUUUUGUCUCCAGGUGGUGUCCAAUUUCGUCUUACAUAUUCAGGUGGCGUCCAGUUUCGUCAUUCGUAUUCAGCUCUCGAGUCUUGGGAACAGUUAUUUAGAAAAUCAUGCAGCUAUAUCAUCAUCCGUACUCUAUGGACAGCCAGAAAGUCAGGCUCGCCUUGGAAGAAAAGGGUAUUGAUUACACAUCAAACCACGCCAAUCCUCUCACAGGAAAGAACAUGGAUUCCUCAUUCUUCCGUAUGAACCCAACUGCCAAACUCCCUGUUUUCCAGAAUGGUGCUCACAUUUUGUUUGAUACCAUUGAAAUAAUCAAGUAUAUAGAGAGAGUGGUGGAAGUCUCUUCAGGGGUUGAGACUAAUACCAGUAAUGACAGAGAAAUCAAUGAGUGGAUGCAAAAGAUUCAAAGAUGGAACCCCAAGAUAUUCACACUCUCCCACGUCCCUGAUAAGUAUCGUCUCUUUGUAUCCAAAUUCCUUCGCCGCGUGGUUAUUGCUAGAAUGGCGGAAUCUCCAGAUUUAGCAAGCGUCUACCACUUGAAGCUAAGAGAUGCAUAUGAGACCGAAGACAAGUUAAAAAACGUAGAUGUUUUGAAGGAUAACGAGGAAGAAUUAGUUCAACUUCUUGAUGAAGCGGAGGUUCAGCUGAGUGAGACAACCUACCUGGCUGGAGAAGAAUUCAGCAUGGCAGAUGUAAUGCUCAUUCCCGUUCUUGCACGACUAUCACUCUUGGAUGUAGAAGAUGAGUACAUCGAAAGCAGGCCAAAUAUAUCCAAGUACUGGAAGUUGGUUAAACAAAGACCUAGUUAUAAAGCUGUGAUUGGGAAUUAUUUCUCUGGCUGGAGAAAGUAUAGAACACUUCUAAAGACGUGGUGUUUUGUUUGCGUGAGAAGUGUUCUGAGGAAAUAUUGAACAAAUAGUUGAGGAGAAUAAUGAUCAUCUCCCCAUGCGACCAUGCCUGAGAGAGCCAAUUCUAAAGACGUCUACUAUUCUGUGAUGUACAUUGUAGCCGGUGAGUCUUAGUUUCUAUUAGUCCACUGGGUCAGCCGAUCAGGUAUUUGAAGAAUGUUCAGGUAUUUGAAGAAUGUUCGGUUAGUCCAUAUAUUUUUCCUUUUCCAACAGUUUUUUCUCUGAUGGUUCGAACAAACUGGAUCUAGAGAAUAAAAAUCAUGAAAUAGCAAACAAAAUGCGUGGUCAUUAUUUCGUUCUACCACCGGUAGUGUUUUCCUCGUAAUUCCCACUUGUAGUUCUUGGUGCCUGCUUAGUUUGAACAAGUACUUUUCUGUAUUUGCGGUCCUGUAUUUAUCACCUGUAAAAUUAACAAAUUCCUUCCUCUGCAUAUAAAACAGUGCCUCCCAUCAUUGUUUUUCUUCUUAAAGAU